AUGAGCCAAAACACUCCACCAAACCCUAAAGGCUUAGGCCGGGUCAAAGGGUCUGUCAAUGCCCCCAUCGCAGCCUUCACGAUGGCACUUGUCCUCCUCAGCUACUGUGUCAGCUCUAUCCACUCAGCAAGACGUGACAGAUUGUCAAAUGCGUCGCGUCUUGCUAUGAACCACACAUCACAUCCUGACAGAAAGACUUCCUCUUGGGUCCGGGAUGCUCUAGACGAGAGUAAAGCUGAGCAAUGGGAGAAAGCUGGGAAGUAA